AUCUCGAUCGGGGAUGAGCUUUAAACAUGAGAGCAUAACCAGGGGGUUGUGUUCUCUAUCAUAACAGUCAAUUCCAACCUCAAAAAGCGCUUCCAGCCGCGGGGGUGUAUGAGGAACACCAGAGUAAAGCGUUUUACCUCGAUCAGGUAGCGAAGGAGGUGAAAGUAGGAGUGGAAGAGGGGGGCUGUGGUUGGAUUUAGUGAAAGAAAACAAUAUGGCCGCGGUGGAGCUGGAAUGGAUCCCUGAGACCCUUUACAACACUGCUAUUUCAGCCGUGGUCGACAACUACGACCAGUCGCGACGGGACAUCCGAUCUCUCCCCGAAAAUAUACAGUUUGAUGUGUACUACAAGCUUUACCAGCAAGGCCGGCUCUGCCAGCUGGGAGCGGAGUUUUGUGAGCUGGAGGUCUUUGCUAAAGUCCUCAGGGCCUCUGACAAAAGGCACCUCCUACACCACUGCUUCCAGGCUUUGAUGGACCACGGUGUUAAGGUAGCUUCAGUCCUGGCAAACUCCUUCAGCCGCCGAUGUUCAUACAUUGCUGAGUCUGACGCACAUGUGAAAGAGAAAGCUAUACAGUUUGGCUUUGUUUUAGGUGGCUUUUUAUCAGAUGCCGGUUGGUAUGGAGAUGCAGAGAAAGUCUUCCUGUCGUGUCUCCAGCUGUGCACACUACACGAUGAGGUUCUCCACUGGUAUCGUGCUGUAGAGUGCUGUGUAAGGUUACUUCAUGUGCGUAACGGCAACUGCAAAUACCACCUGGGAGAAGAGACUUUUAAACUAGCCCAGUCCUACAUGGACAAACUAGCCAAACACGGACAUCAGGCUAAUAAGGCUGCCCUGUAUGGAGAACUGUGUGCCCUGCUUUUUGCCAAAAGCCACUAUGAUGAGGCCUAUAGGUGGUGUAUAGAAGCUAUGAAGGAGAUCACAGUAGGCUUACCUGUGAAAGUAGUAGUUGAUGUUCUCAGACAAGCCUCAAAGGCUUGUGUUGUUAAGCGGGAGUUCAGGAAAGCUGAACAACUGAUUAAACACGCAGUCUUCUUGGCACGGGAACAUUUUGGGCACAAGCAUCCAAAAUAUUCAGAUACACUACUAGAUUAUGGGUUUUAUCUCUUAAACGUGGAUAAUAUCUGUCAAUCUGUGACCAUUUACCAGACUGCAUUAGAUAUUCGGCAGUCAGUGUUUGGAGGAAAGAAUAUUCAUGUUGCAACUGCGCAUGAGGACCUGGCUUAUUCAUCCUACGUCCAUCAGUACAGCUCUGGUAAAUUCGACACAGCACUAUUCCACGCAGAACGUGCCAUAGAUAUCAUAACUCAUAUUCUCCCUGAAGAACAUCUGCUGCUGGCCUCGUCCAAGAGGGUGAAAGCUCUAAUCCUGGAGGAGAUUGCCAUUGAUUGCCAUAACAAAGAAACCGAGGAGCGCCUCCUGCAGGAAGCCCAUGACCUGCACCUUUCCUCCCUACAGUUGGCCAAAAAAGCCUUCGGAGAAUUCAACGUUCAGACGGCAAAACACUAUGGCAACCUGGGUCGCCUUUACCAAUCCAUGCGCAAAUUUAAGGAGGCAGAAGAGAUGCACAUAAAGGCCAUUCAGAUCAAGGAGCAGCUGUUGGGACAGGAGGACUACGAGGUGGCGCUGUCAGUAGGACAUUUGGCCUCGCUCUACAACUAUGACAUGAAUCAGUAUGAUGAUGCAGAGCGCCUCUACCUGCGCUCCAUCGCUAUUGGCAAGAAGCUGUUUGGGGAGGGUUACAGUGGACUGGAAUAUGACUACCGAGGCCUGAUAAAACUGUACAACUCAGUUGGAAACUAUGAGAAGGUAUUUGAGUAUCACAAUAUUCUGUCCAACUGGAACCGUUUAAGGGACAGGCAGUUUGCCGUAGCCGAUGCGCUGGAGGACGUCAACACAACCCCCCAGUCCACAGAGCAGGUGGUGCAGUCUUUCCUGCUUUCCCAGAGCCACGGAGCCGCACGCUUGGGCUAACACACCCAGCGUUCACUUUAAAAACACAUACAUGUGCACAUCCCAUUUCACACAUCCACACCCAUUAAUUCACAAGUAGUCAAGGCAAGGAGGGGGAAGUUUGGAGAGCUCUUGAACUAUAAGUUCACAGUUCCCAUAGGCCCAUUUUCCUUGAAGUGGGAACAAAAACAUGACCAUGCUUAAACACUCACCAUGGACAAGAAACCAUUCUUCGAAGAACCCGACCAUUUCUCUGACUUCAAGUGGCGUUGAAUUAUUAAAAAAAAAAGGAGCAAGGAUGGAAAUCUUCGACACACUCGCUUUUCUUUUCUUAUUUUGUAUUUGAAGGAGUGUCGCUCCACAUAACAGGAAUACUCAUCACUGCAUCUGCUAUUUGUGGAGAAAAGCACUCAACCGAGUGAAGGAACAUCCGUAGAUGUCCGUGUCCCCAUUAACACAAGGAUUAGCGCUUGACUUCAUGUAAUGCAAAGCUUUGCAUUCGAGGAUUACCUGAGUGCUCUCUGGGAAAUGAGACCAGCCAUGUUACAUUAUGGACCAUUAUGUUCAUUUUUUUUGCUUUUUUUAUUAUUAUUAUUAUUAUUAUUAUUAUUAAUUCAUGUCACGUGUGGAAUUCAUGGACCAGUGGAUUUACGAAUGCUCUAGCUACCUUGUUUUAAGUUCUGGUUUUGUAUUCCCUUAGUACUGACAUAGCUUGUUUUAAACUGCCAAUAAUUUAUAUGCAAGGUAUGCUACAAGUUGUAGGUGUAACGUUGCAAGCGGUUGAGCCAAACUGAGUUCUUUUAUUAAUAAAUACGAGCUAAUUGCCAUAUUAUUAAAAAGACGAGGACGAGUUUUCACAAAGCCGGCUUUCUGUCACCGCGCCUUAUUCACUCAAGCACACACAUGAUAUUAGCUGAAGCGGGGAUAGCUUCGGGACCAGGUUUCCCAGGUCGCUGUUGUUUUCCUUUCAGAGCUUGGCCACGGGUGGCAUAGAUUAACACCCCUGGCCCACUUCCAGCUGACUGGACAGGCUGAAAAAAGGGCUGAGCGCAGCACCUGUCAUUGUAAAGAGGCUCUCUCGUAGGGGAACCUGCGCUAUAGUGAAUCCACGCACAAUUGUGCAAUAUUUGCUGAACGCACCUGUACCACUCCAAAUCCAAUCAGUUGGACUCAUUUCACUGCCGAAUAUAUCCAAACACAUAACCAAGUUGACAAGCGAGUUGAUUCAAUUGGCACAUUUUACCGAGAACUCACUUUUUUUGUUGUCAUUGGCAGAAACAAAGCCUAGUCAUGUAGAAUGUGAUGUUAAUGUCGUGCAGCUUUUGAGCUCCCGAUCACUCCAGCUCGAGCUAAAGUCCCAGCCUUAGUCUUAAAGGACUCUCAGCUGGUGGGAUCUACUUUUGUCAGCCUUUCUCAAGUCGCUUGCUUUGAGCGAAACCAGGUUGAGUCUACAACCCAAGAAGGAGACCGCCUAAAACAUGAGGGACAUUUUCACUCUUUUAAAAAAAUGAAAUAAAAUACUUUGUUGUUGCAUUUGAGGCUUGAUCGUGAAGAAUUCAAGAUGUUUAGGGAAGGGAAAUGGAAUAAUAUUGUAACAAAAUAAACUGUGACUUCGCAAAACCCUUGUAAGCGGAAUUCCGUUGGCGGUGUGUGGUAAACGGACUGAAUGAGUGGGGUUUCUCAUAUCAGACUACGAAUGGGAAUGAAAUGUGAAAACGGUGCACGUGAGAAAACAAGUAAGCUGAACGAAUCUAUAACGUAGCUCUGAUGGCUUCUUUCUGAAUGUCGAUUCAAGGGCUCAUUUGUCAACCUCAAGUGGCAUUUCUUGUUCAAAUCCAAACCGUUUCUCCAUCAAAAAAAAAACGAAGGUGCUUCUGGGUCAAAUGGUUUCUUUAUUUGCAUGUUUAGCUAAUUGUACAUAGAUGUAGAUGCAUAGCUACGAGUGGUUCUUGUCCCAGUGAGCUCCAGAAAAUUACAUUGAAAUAACUGUUCAACUGAUGGAGGGAAUUAAUAAAUGGCAUCUUCAGACAAGAAAACCAAUCCUGACACUAUACAGCCCUUCGAAAUCUGGCCUUAGAGAGUUGGAGAACGGAAGUAUGGGUUGACGACUGUUUCAGCGAUGCUAAUUGUCUUUAUGAAGUCCUCAGAUGUGCUGCCAUGUGUAGAUUGUGAUUUAGCCAAAGUGCUGUUUAAAAUGGACGAUGGCGAUCCUUGAAGUAACAACCUAUGAGUGGAUGUGAUCUCUUACCAUUUAAAAAAAAAAAAAAUUAAAUACAUAUUCCUGUCUAUAUCCAUUGGAGAUGCUCUUUUGAUUGAGUCCAAUGGCAAAUUGUGUUACUAUUUAAUAUCGAUGCUGACUGUUACCCUGGAAAUGUCAGUAUGUUGUGCCACAGUGAGCCUCUGCUUGGAUUAUUCUUCAGUCAUUGGCUUUAUGUAACUCACCCUCAGUAGAAUCUGCUGUACAUUGUACAUCUGUAACCACCAAACCAUUAUUAAACUCAUUUGUAUCCACCAUUGUGAAAAUCUGUAACUAACUCUAACAUGAAAAAACAACAACAAAACGAUAUAAAGCUGUCUAAUAGACUACUAUGAGCAAUACCGCUUCUGAAGUAUUAAAAGUUGCUUUAUUUUUUGCCUUCACGUGAUUUUUCUCCACCUGUGUGACAUGUUUGAGUCUUGGACUUGAAUGUGAUCCUACAAGAACCACUCUUUUGGGGUGGGUUGAUGGCUGAACAGAAACUGAAGAAUAAAAGACUGUACACAGA